ACAAUCUGAGGGCAACAGACUCUCAGUCAACAGAGAUGACACUGGAAUGGGUGAGACCCCAACCUGCUAUGGAAGAAAAGUGGAAGGUUGAGUACUCUGGGAAAAAGUUUUACAACAACAGCUUUUCACACGAAGGCAGCAAAGAUGUACAGGGAACAACAAAAUAUACCCUUGAUAAUUUGGUACCAGGUACCAAAUAUGACCUUCGGGUUUAUGGAAUCUCAAAAUGUGGAAACAACGGAUUCCCUUCAUCUUUGGAAGUAGAAACAAAAAUAGGAGAGCCAUUGGCUCCAGUUGUACUAUCACUGACCACCAGGAAGGUCGCUGAGUUGCAGGCUGAAAUUGAUCUGUGGCCUGCUGAACAAAGGAAUGGUCCAAUAAGUGCUUAUCAAAUAAUCAUUCUUAAAGUCUCUGAUUGUGUUCAAGAGCUUCCCAGGGAUUUUGAUUUGAAGCUGAAAGAUUUGAACGACAAAAAUUUGAACUUUUAUCCGUUUUACAUUGCUGCGGAAAUCGAAAAUGAUCCUGUGCGUGAGAAAUCUUGGAAAUUUACUGUUGGUGACGGGAAAUCUUAUGGAACUUUUAUCAACAAAGAACUGACGAAAGGAGAAAACUAUUUUGCCUAUGAAAGAGCCAUAAGUCGUUUCAAUGGUGUAAGUAAAUUUGGGUGUUGUUUAAUUGUUCUUUAA